AUGUCUCUGCGUCCGUCCACUGCUCCUCUGCGUGCCCCUUUGCCCUCUCCUCCUGAGUCCUCUCUUCCUGCGCUUGCCGACCCUGAGUCGAACUCUCUUCGUGCUGCCAGUCCUACUGUCACGCGUCUCCUUGCUACUGUCGUCACUGACCCCUCCUUUGAGUCCACUGCUGCGUCUGCUCUUGUUGCUGAGCUCGUCAACUUUGCUGCUCGCUGUCGUCUAGACUACGCUGCUAGUCUUGUUGCUGAGUCUGCGUCUGUCUGUCCUCCGUCGGUCGAGGGUGAAUGUGCUCUUGGCACGGACGUCCUUGAGGACAGGCAAGAGAAGUUUCAGUGUCAGGCAGCUGCUUCACCUCAUCUCGCGUCUGUACUGCUUGCCAAUGAGGAAGACCCGGAUACACUAGACAUCCCGACUCCGCACUCUUACGCGGAGGCCGUAGAGGGUCCCUACUCCUCUCAGUGGCAAGCAGCUAUGGAUGCAGAGAUGGCUUCCUGGAAGUCCACAGGCACCUACGUUGACGUGGUUCCCCCUCCUUGGGCGAACAUCGUCAGUGGGAUGUGGAUCUUCAGGAUGAAGCGGCCGCCAGGCUCUCCACCUGUCUUCAAGGCGCGGUACGUGGCUCGUGGCUUCAGUCAGCAGCAGGGAGUUGACUACUUUCAGACCUUCUCUCCCACCCCGAAGAUGACCACUCUUCGGGUGCUGCUGCACAUAGCCGCUCAGCGCGACUACGAGCUUCUUUCUCUUGACUUCAGCACUGCUUUCCUGCAAGGUAGCCUGCACGAGGAGAUCUGGCUGCGCCGUCCACCUGGCUUCACUGGGACUUUCCCUCCUGGCACCCUGUGGAGCCUCCGACGGCCAGUCUACGGUCUCCGCCAGGCACCGCGUGAGUGGCACGACACACGGAGGACUACGCUUGCGGCUCUUGGGUUUGCUCCCUCUACUGCUGACCCGUCGUUGUUUCUGCGCACCGACACUUCUCUGCCGCCGUUCUACAUCCUCGUGUACGUCGACGACUUGGUCUUUGCCACACCGGACACUUCUCGACUCGCCUGCGUGAAGUCCGAGCUGCAGAAGAGACACACGUGCACAGACCUGGGUGAACUGCGCAGCUACCUUGGCUUGCAGAUCACUCUGGACAGAGCACGCCGCACCAUUACCUUGACUCAGUCACACAUGGUGCAGCAGGUCCUUCAGCGCUUUGGCUUCACGUACUCCUCGCUUCAGGCCACUCCUCUGUCUACUCGCCACUCGCUCUCAGCUCUGCCUUCGGAUGAGUCCGUAGAGUCGAGUGGCCCGUACCCAGAGCUUGUUGGCUGCCUCAUGUACCUGAUGACCUGCACUCGACCUGACCUUGCAUACCCUCUUAGCAUCUUGGCACGCUAUGUUGCUCCUGGGAGACACCGACCAAAGCACAUGGCUGCAGCGAAGAGGGUGUUGCGCUACUUGUGCAGUACGUCGGGCAUGGGGCUAGUGCUUGGAGGGUGGAGUCCAGUGGUCCUCACUGGGCACGCGGACGCUUCUUGGGCUGACGACCAGGCUACGCAGCGGUCGUCGCAGGGUUACACCUUCAGUCUUGGUUCCGGCUCUGUUUCGUGGCGGGCGACUCGUUCGUCUUCUGUUCUCGGCUCCAGUUGUGAGGCUGAGAUCUACGUCGGGGCCAUGGCUGCUCAGGAGCUUCGCUGGCUCACCUACCUACUGACCGACCUUGGAGAGGCGCCUCGUUCUCCUCCAGUGCUGUACGUAGACAACAAGGCCAUGCUGGCCUUGUGUCGAGAGCAGCGCAUGGAGCACAGAACGAAGCACAUUGCUCUCCGCUACUUUCUUGCUCGUGAGCUGCAGCAGCGUGGUCAGUUGCGACUUGCGUACGUGGCCUCUGAGGCCAACACUGCUGAUGUUUUCACAAAGGCACUUCCGCCUUGUGAUCAUCAGCGCUUCUGCACUCAGCUGGGACUUGUCCCAAACAUUAUAGCUUAUGCUUUUGUGUAA